CAGAGGCAUGACAACAACAGUCAAGUCUUUGCAAACUUGCCUGUUACAAUGUAACUUGUGAAAUUAGAUUAUAAUGUAACAUGUAACGUGUUUUUCGGUCAACAGCGAAAGUGAAGGAAGCAUCGUUGAAAACAUUUUUGUCGAGACAAAUGUAGCUGAAAGUAAAAGUGGUUGGCGCGACGACACUUCAAAACCACGGCGGGGACAGAUAACAACCCGCAUAUGGAACGCAAACAAGGGGAAGUGAUCUCAGCAUGCGUUUAAUUCCCUGUUCUUAAAGAUUAGCACACAUUUUUCCCUUCCAAAAAUGUAUAUGGCAAUUUUAUAGUUUUCACUUAAAGGGCGUAACUAGAUAGCCAUUUGCUACUCAGCUAGCAAGCUCAUUUUCUGUCAUGUUUUGGGAGUUGUAUCGACACUUCUGGGUGGCUCAAAUUUUCAACGAGCUCGACUAGCAAGCGGGGAGCAUGGACAGCUCUGUGACCCUGUGGCAGUUCUUGCUCCAGCUCCUAUUGGACCCCACCAAUGAUCAGCUGAUCUGCUGGACUAAUGAGGAGGGCGAGUUCAAGCUGCUGCAGGCGGAGGAGGUGGCCAAGCUGUGGGGCGCCAGGAAGAACAAACCCAACAUGAACUACGACAAGCUUAGCAGAGCCCUGAGAUACUACUAUGACAAGAACAUCAUUAAGAAGGUGAACGGGCAGAAGUUUGUGUACCGCUUUGUCUCGUACCCAGACAUUCUGAAAGGGGAUGCCUCUGUUCGGCCCGAUGGGGAGGGGGGUGGCCUGCCCCUCUCAGAGAGGGGGGACAACACAUCCAGAGAUGAUGAGGGUGGGGACAGGAGUGAAGGUGUGACAGCGACACGAGGGUCCAGUACUAAGCCGUCCAACCGUAAUGACUACAUCCACUCUGGCCUGUACACCUCAUUCACCCUCACCUCGCUGCAAAAUGGACGGCAGCUCUUCAAGUCUAUCAAGAUGGAGAACCCCGGAGACAAGAUGGCCGACAGGAAGUCCAAUAACCGGGCCCAAGACCCACCCUCUCAGCCAAUGCCAUCGCCGUCAGUCAUCAAGUUUGGGACCACCCCUCCCAAGAGAAGCCCUCCACCACCUCAGGUUACUAUAGAAACAUCCAAUCCGCCAUUGUACCCUCUCCAAGUCCCACCUCCCAUAGAUGAUGUAGUGAGGACACACUCCACCCUCCUGCCUCAGGCUGUGUACGCGUUUGAGCAAGCCAAGACCUUGGAAUCCUCGAAUCUUCGAAUUCUGCAUAGUUUCAGUUUAUCAGAGUUGCCCUCUCGGAGUCCCUCCCCCAGCAUGGUGCCGGACUCCACCCAGGAGCUGGUGAUUGACAGUGAUAUCGAGUCCAUCUCCUCCCAACCGACAGAGACGCAGAUACAGGCGGUGCAGAGUUUUGGCCAUGUGUCAAGUGGUGAGGUAUGUGGAGGAAACGGGGACAAGGGAGGGAAUAGGGAGAUGAGUUUGUCUCCGGUGUGUGUGAGUGGCCAUAUCACUGGGGGCAAGGCCCGCAAGCCUCCUAAAGUCCUGGAGCUUUCCACUCCUACACUGGUGGUCACUGCCUCUGACCUCUCACCUAUGAACCUCUACAGCCCCUCACUACCCACCGCCUCUCUCACACCAGCACUGCUACAGACGCCCACUCUGUUGCUGACCCCCAGUCCCCUGCUGUCUAACAUCCACUUCUGGAGCACGCUCAGUCCGGUGGCUCCCCUCAGCCCUGCCACCCGCCGCCAGCAGGGAGCACACACCCUGUUCCAGUUCCCCUCGGUGCUCACCCCUCAUUUCCAUAUCCCCACACACAGCCUGGAUGGGACCAACACCCCCGGACCCCUCACUCCAGACUCCCAUAAGACAUAAGGGACCUUACCCUUGGAACCUGUGGAGCCCCCAGACACUGAGGCCCUACUUCUGCUCUACCCGCACACUCCCAAACAGACACAGGAGACAUGGGGGUUGAUGAUUUGGAUAAAUGAGGACCAUCCACUGCCAGGGGGGACUGAGACGGUUAGAGGUGUCCAACACACACACACAUCUAUGAUUCCUUGAACACUUCCUGUUCUUUUAACUUGCCAUCUUCAGGUCUCCAUUGACACCUCUCCUAAAGAAGACUUUUUAGGAAUUGCCAUGGUAACGGGUGCUGCAAAGACUAGUGAUUUGAUGCUGACCAGUCAGAAAUGUGCAUCACUUGACCUGAACAGCCACUUAUGUCUCCACUCUGAGACCAAAGGGAUUACAGACCUUUUUCUUUCUAUCUGAACCUUCAUAGUUUCCUUCUAGUCUUUUUGCGGAACUUCACACUUUCACAACAAACUGUUUGAUGGUGUGUUGUCAAUUCCCAACUCAGUUUUUAGAUGUUUUUUAAUGGAUCAUUUUCCUGUUUGUUAUGUUUUUAACGUGUUUUAACCAGCUAACCUUAAUGUUUCUCCUCACCGGCUCUCUUAGAUGGAAAACACUUGCCAACACCAACUCUACUUUUACCUUAACUGUCAAUCCCCUCAUCUACAUGCCAGUAUAUACAGUUGAAGUCAGAAGUUUACAUACAUUUGAACUAAGUUUCACCAUUUCUGACAUUUAAUCCUAGUAAA